AUGGACGUGAUCAUCAAGCGCGGCUACACUGGCUUUGAGCGCGUCGGCGCCGGCGGCCAGGCGAACGUCUACCGAACGAUGAAGGACGGCAAGGAGUACGCCAUCAAGGUGGUGCCCGUCCAGCCGGAGGACCAGAAGAAGCUGGACGACGACCUGCGCCGAGAGCUGUCCAUUCUGGGCGGCAUCAAGCACCCCAACUGCAUGAAGGUGGUGGACCUGUUCCGCUCAAAGGGGCACGUCUACAUCGCCAUGCCAUUCAUGGCCAACGGCACCGUCGGCGAUGUGGUGGGCAAGCACGGCCCGCUCUCCGAGUGGAACUGCAAGGUCUGGUUUCCGGCCAUGGCUCGCGCCGUCAAGUACCUCCAUGAGCACGCCAUCGCCCACCGCGACCUGAAGCUCGACAACAUUCUCCUUGACGAGCACUACAACCCAAUGGUCAGCGAUUUUGGUCUGUACUGUCAUAGUUUUGGUUUCAGUCGUUUUGUGAAGAUGUCCAGCAAAACUGGCGAGACCACCAAGAGUGACACCUACUGCGGCACCACCAGCUACAAUCCACCGCAGAUUCUCAAGCACAUUCCCUACGACCCCUACAAAG